AUGGUGCAGCUUUCAGGUGCGGUGAUGUGUUCCAAUGAUGGCAAUGGAAAUAUAGUAAAGGAACCGAUAGAAAUUGAGGUAGACGACAAUACACGACAGCUGGAUCUAACUAGACGUCGCCUAUUGUAUGCAUCUAAUUUUAACAUGUUGCCAAAUCUGGAGAUGCUAACCUUGCGAUGGAAUUUGCUUAAAAAGAUAGAGAAUUUCAAUGGAUUACAUAAACUAACCAAUUUAUCCUUGUAUGAUAACCAGAUAACAAAAAUAGAAAACCUGUUCGACUUGCCGAACCUUAUUGUUCUGGAUCUUUCCUAUAACAGAAUCUCAAAAAUCGAAGGACUUGACGCAUUGCAAAAUCUCAAAGAACUAUAUCUCACUAGGAAUAAACUCACGAAAAUCGAAGGACUAGAAAAUCUGAAAUCUCUUGAGUUCCUGGAACUUGCGGAUAAUCGCUUACGGAAAAUUGAAAAUCUAGAGUCGUUAACGUCAUUAAAGAAGCUCUUUCUUGGUGCAAAUCAGAUCACAAAGAUCGAAGGUCUAUCAACACUCCGUGAACUGACGGUGUUGAGCUUCAUCGGUAAUGCAAUCCGAACUAUUGAAGGACUCGAUCGCUUAACGAACCUCACCGACUUGGCUCUCUCACAGAACGGUAUCACACGCAUCGCAGGCCUUGUCAACAACGUCGCGCUUGUCGCCCUUGACCUUAACGAUAACCAAAUCGAAAAGAUCGAGAAUCUUCAACAUCUGACCAAUCUGAAGAGUUUCACACAACAUUUCUACCGUAAUCGAGUUCGAGAAAUCCUUCCACGUGUGAAAAUCAUCGACGCCGUGCCAGUGAACUGGGUGAGCGGUGAUCCAUGGCAAGAACUGGUACCUGAUGACUAG